AUGGCUUAUCAGCAAGCCCACCAGCAGUUGCGGGAUACUGAGGCUGUUUGGGACAAGCUCAAGUUUCAGGCUAACAACCCCUUCAGCCGUGUUCUUACCAUUCCCACUGCCGAGUUUCAACAAUGGAGUGAGUAUACAAAGGAGUUCGUCAUUAGCAAGAUGCAAACGACCAAUGAAAUGGCCUGCUUUGUCCAAGAUCAGAUGGGCAUGACGGCUGGGGGCAGAAUUUUUGCUGGGAGAACGUCCGAUCUGCUCACUGCCGGGACCGCUAUCACCUACAUGCCUGAUAAGCCUCUCCCUUGCCUGGUCCAAGUCAGCAAGGUCUCGUGUAGAAAUUCCCGGCUUGUUUCUACCGUGAAGCAGUCUCAAGGAAGCUCCUUACAAGGCCCGCCUGUGUCAUCCCUGGGCAAGGUGACGCCUACACCUGCAGUGCGCAGAGUUGGUGUCAGGAGUGCUAUAACCAAGAAGCGAGGGGCCACGCAGGCUGAGAAUGAAUCUCUCAACAAUCAAGCUGGCUCGAUUGGGGUUACCAUCAUCGAUACGUCAGAAGUGCAGGGCUAG